AAGUUUUGCUAUAAAACAGACAUGACAACCGGAAAAUACCAUCAUCAUCAUAAUCAAAAUUCAUAGAAAAAAUAUUCUCCCUCUGCCUCUAUUCCCUUGCAUUCAUCUCUCUCUUUCUACCUAACCUAUCAAACAUCCAUGGCUACCUCAUCUGCUAUUACAAAAGAGAGCAACAACCAAGGGGUUGUUGAGAAACCAAUAGCACUUGAUCAAAACGUUCUGCAAAAGCACGUUGCAUUCUUUGACAGGAAUCAAGACGGCAUCGUUUAUCCAUGGGAGACUUUCCAAGGAUUUCGUGCAAUAGGUUGUGGGAUCCUGUUAUCUACUUUUGCUUCUAUCUUCAUCAAUUUUGGUCUCAGUCAGAAAACACGCCCGGGUAAGUUUCCUUCUAUACUGCUACCCAUUGAAGUUAAAAACAUCCAUAAAGCCAAACAUGGAAGUGACUCUGGUGUCUAUGAUAGCGAAGGAAGGUUUGUUCCUUCAAAAUUUGAAGAAAUUUUCAGCAAGCAUGCACGAAAAGAUCCAAAUGCUUUAACAUCUGAUGAAUUGAUGGGGAUGCUAAAGGAAAAUAGAGUUCCUAAGGAUUUCAAGGGAUGGCUUGCUAGUUACACAGAAUGGAAGAUCUUAUAUGUUCUUUGCAAAGAUAAGGACGGUUUACUUCACAAAGAAACUGUUCGAGCUGUUUAUGAUGGGAGCCUGUUUGAAAAGAUGGAAAAGGAACACUCAGAAAAGAAAAAUAAAUAAUUAAUACACAUUCAUAUAUAUGACUAAUGUAGGGACACAAGCUUCUCUGGAUUUCUGGUUGAGUGCCUUCAAAGAGUUUGAUUUAUAGGUUGUGAUAGUCCUAUGUGUGUAUGAAUGUGGAUAUUAAGGAAUGGAUUUUUAUUUUUUUUUACAUGAAUGGGAUUCUUAAGUAUCUGCCUUGAUUUA